CCGGCAGACUGAAGCGAGCCACAGAGGCAGGCUCUAACUCCAACCCAAUGAGCUUGCAGCCCUCACACUCACACACACACGCUUGCCUCACUGCCGGCUCUCGCUCCAAACCCUGGGACUCGGUAGGAGACGAAGGAGAGGGAGAGGAGAGAGAGAGGCAGCGAGUGGCAGAGAGGGAGAAGGGAGUAAGAGAGGAGAGAGAGGCAGAGGGAGACUGGCGGGGUGCAAGGGAGAACACCAUGGCUUCAGAUCCAGGGCUGGCCGCGAUGCUGCUAUGGACUAUAUCACUACAGGCUCUGGGCAAUGCAGGAACUAACAGCAACGAAGUGAACCUACUGGACACGACGACGAUCACGGGAGACUGGGGCUGGCUAACGUACCCGUCACACGGGUGGGAUGCCAUUAACGAGAUGGACGAGUACUUCAGCCCCAUCCAUACGUACCAGGUCUGUAACGUGAUGAGCCCCAGCCAGAACAACUGGCUGAGGACGGGCUGGCUCCCCCGAGACGGAGCAAGAAGGAUCUACAUCGAGGUCAAGUUCACCCUCAGAGACUGCAACAGCAUGCCUGGAGUACUGGGCACUUGCAAGGAAACCUUCAACCUGUACUACUAUGAGUCCGACAGAGCCGUGGGCUCGGCCGUACGGGAGAACCAGUUCAUUAAGAUCGACACCAUCGCUGCUGACGAGAGCUUCACAGGGGUGGACCUGGGAGUCCGCAGACUCAAACUCAACACCGAGGUGCGAGGUGUGGGCCCCCUCAGCAGACGGGGCUUCUACCUGGCCUUCCAGGACAUCGGCGCCUGCAUUGCCCUCACCUCCGUGCGGGUGUACUACAAGCGCUGCGCGGGCGUGAGCCGCAACCUGGCGGUGUUCACCGAUGUGGUGACGGGUGCCGACUCGUCCUCCCUGGUGGAGGUCAGGGGUCUGUGUGUGGACCACGCGGAGGAGAGGGACACGCCCAAGAUGUACUGCAGCGCGGAGGGAGAGUGGCUGGUGCCCAUCGGGAGAUGCGUGUGCUCUGCCGGAUUCGAGGAACACAGAGACUCCUGCGUGGCCUGUGAGGUGGGAUUCUAUAAGCCGGUGGCGGGCAACGGCCUGUGCGGUAAAUGUCCUCAACACAGCCACUCGGAGACCAGAGCCGCCCUCUCCUGCCCCUGCGACUCCAACUACUACAGAGCAGCAGAUGACCCACCAGCGGCUUCAUGCUCCCGCCCUCCAUCUGCUCCAGUCAACGUCAUUUCCUCUGUCAAUGGGACGUCUGUGAAUUUAGAGUGGGAUCGCCCUCUAGAUACUGGAGGUCGCAGCGACCUGAAGUACAGUGUGUUGUGUCAGAAAUGCUUAGGGGAAGGGAAGCCCUGCGAGGACUGUGCGUCCUCCUCGGGUGCCGCCGGUGGCGGGAAGGCAGGCGGAGGGAUGAGUGCCGGGAUCGGAGGGCUGGUGGAGCGCUUGGGCACCGCAGCGGUUCGAUUUGUUCCCCACCAGACCGAGUUGACGGAGCCCUGGGUGACGGUGCUCAACCUGGUGGCUCACACCAACUACUCCUUUCGUCUCCUGGCCAUGAACGCAGUGACGCACCUGAGCAACGAGCCGUCGCCUUACGCCUUGGUCAACAUCACAACGAACCAGGCAGCCCCCUCUGAAGUGAUGGCGAUCCGGCAGGAGAACACCAGCCAGAACAGUGUGAUGCUGCUGUGGCACGAACCCGACCAGCCCAACGGAGUCAUCCUGGAGUACGACAUCAAAUACUACGAGAAGGACAAUGAAGCGCACAGUUACUCCACUCUAAAGUCUAUAAAUACCAGCGCCCGGGUAUCAGGGCUGAAGCCGGGCACCAAGUACAUCUUCCAGGUCCGAGCCAGAACGUCGGCAGGCUGCGGACGCUUCAGCCAGAAUGUGGAGAUCCAGACUGGAAAAGCAGCUCCUCUGCGCUACAACACCAUGACCAUCAUCUGGAUCUGCAUGGCCCUGGUGUCCGGCCUGGUCACUUUUCUGGCCAUCAUCAUCUGCAGGAAACGGCAAGGCUACACUUUACCACACUACCCAUCGCUGCUACACUGUGGCUACAGCAAAGCCUUUCAGGACUCUGAUGAGGAGAAGAUGCACUACCAGAACGGUCAUGUGUCAUUCCCAGACGCAAGGUUCUACAUCGACCCGCACACCUACGAGGACCCCUGUCAGGCAGUCCACGAGUUUGCCAGAGAAAUUGAAGCUUCUAGGAUCAAAAUAGAGAAAAUCAUUGGCUCAGGGGAGUUUGGGGAGGUGUGCUAUGGACGCAUGAGACUCCCGGGGAAGCGAGACAUCCCAGUGGCCCUGAAGACCCUGAAGGCGGGAUACACGGAGAAGCAGAAGAGGGACUUCCUGGCGGAGGCAUCCAUCAUGGCCCAGUUCGACCACCCCAACGUCAUUCGCCUGGAGGGAGUGGUGACCCAGAGCAAACCGGCGAUGAUCAUCACAGAGUACAUGGAGAACAGCUCUCUGGAUUCCUUCCUCAGGAGGCACGAUGGCCAGUUCACCAUCAUCCAGCUGGUCGGUUUGCUGCGCGGUAUCGCGGCCGGUAUGACCUACCUGUCUGACCUGGGAUACAUCCACAGGGACCUGGCUGCCCGCAACAUCUUGGUCAAUAGCAACCUGGUGUGUAAGGUGUCUGACUUCGGCCUGUCCCGGGUGCUGGAGGACGACCCCGACGCUGCAUAUACCACCAGUGGCGGUAAAAUUCCAAUCCGCUGGACAGCCCCCGAGGCCAUCACCUACAGGAAGUUCUCCUCAUCCAGUGACGUGUGGAGCUACGGCGUGGUCAUGUGGGAGGUGAUGUCCUACGGAGAGCGACCGUACUGGAACCUCACCAACAGAGACGUGAUCAAAUCCGUGGAGGAGGGCUACAGGUUGCCCGCUCCCAUGGGCUGCCCCGGUCCCAUGCACACGCUCAUGCUGGACUGCUGGCAGAAGGAUCGCAGCGAGAGGCCGCGCUUCUGCCAGAUAGUCACCGUUCUCGACAAGCUAAUCCGCAACCCGGAAAACCUGAAGUCCAUGGACAUGCUCUGCAGUUUAAACAGUCCUCCGCUGAUGGAGAGAGCUAUCCCCGACUUCAGCAGCUGUAACUCAGUAAACGACUGGCUGGACACCAUAAAGAUGAGCCGCUACAAGGACCACUUUGCGGCAGGCGGUUACCAAACUCUGGGACACGUCAUAAGCAUGAACCAAGGGGACAUCCAGCGGCUCGGCGUGACACUGAUGGGCCACCAGAAGAAGAUCAUGACCAACGUCCAGCUGAUGAGGGCGCAGGUCCUCAACAAGAGUGUGCCGUCCGUGCACGUAUAACUCCCAACGGCAAGGUUUCUCUCUGCUAAAAAUCUAAAAACCCAGGCUUCUACAAGGCCUAGAGGUACUCCGUGGAAUUCAAGAUGAUCUGAUGAACGGGAGAGGAAGAUGUGCGGGAACUUUAUAAGACUUUUUCUCCCGAAGAGAGUGAAGAACAAAAUGUGAAAGGUUUUAACUGUUGAGCGAGUAAAACACAUGACUUCUUUGGGACAAGUCCAACCUUUCAUUUUUUUAUUUCAUUUUUUUUUUUUUCCUAUCCAAAACCAUUUUCUGAGUUUAAACGUCUCGCUUAUAAAUGGAAAGACUGCCUUAAUUACCACAAAUUAUUUUAAAUUGUAUCGCCAGCGGAGAGAAGAUAAUUUAUCAGUCCUUAAUUUAUCAGAGAAAUAUGAUUUACUGAACCAGAUGAUAGUACAUGAAGUGAUGUAGAGGGUGGGGGGGGGGUUCAAAUAUCCUAAUGACACACUCGCCACCUCUCCUGCAGUUCAAGCUUGAGGGGCCUUGAGGCCCAGAAUGAGGCUCAAGGAGCGGAAAAGUAAGGAAGAAGUGAGAUAGCGCUCACCCAAGUUGCCAGAUCAUCUCCAUCAGCGGAGAAGACCUAUUUCACCCCAGGCUAUUAAUACCAACAAGAGGCACAUUUCUCCGCCGUCUAACCUUGAUGAAUGACCCCCAGGAGGAGCCCCAGAGCACCUCUGGCCGGUAUGAAGCUGCGUGGCGCACAACUCGCUGUACUCGGAUGAUGUGUGUGAUUCAGUUACAGUGCACUUUAUUCUACAAUCCCUCUGUGUUGUGGAGGCCUUGCAGUUGUGUCACAAAACUCCACGAUGUACAAAUUGAAAAUAGUACGUAAAUAUAAUAAUAAUGACUACUAAAAUAUAAAACCCAAGAAGAGAAAGAGAUAUAUAACAUAGUGUAGUAAGUUGCUCGCUCUUGAGAUUUAUUUCCCAACUUUCUUCACUGUGACAGAAGAGAAAAUAUAUUUAAAUUAAAUGCAAAUAACUUAAAUUUCAUGAUAAAUGCUUCUUCUGAUGCAUUUUCAGUAUAUUUGGGGAUUUGUUUUUGAUACCUCUUAUUUCAAAUUGAAUCAAAAUAAAAAAUACAUUUUAAAUCAGAUUUUAAUUGAUAGCAAAUAUUUGUCAUUUUUUUAAAGUGCAUUUUUAAAGUUUUUUCUCGACCUUGGGAAUAAUAGUUUCAGAAAUUGAUCUUUACAGGUGCUCUAUGUGGGAUUCAGAGCAUUAAUAUAACAGCAAACAACAUAUAGUAGAGAAAUGUUAACCAGAGCAGAGGAUGAAGUCGCUCUCCUUCUGUGUGCGAGCGUUGCAAUCCAAACUUUUCCUUUCUUUGUUUACAUCACGUGCCUUUGAAGUGCAUGUGAUUUUCUGUUGUGCCGCACUGACUAUCCAAUGGCCGCCACGCUGCACUGCGCUCCACUGGUGUCGCCACGGAAGCGUAGCGUCCACCCUUUGUUUCCCCAUCACGCAAACACCAUUAGCUCUGUCAGCACUGUAGCCGCUGUUGGAUUUGUUAGCUGCUAGCCGCCCGCUCAGCCGUGACCAUGCAAAUGGAGCGUUCACACCAAACGCGUUGCGAAUUUUUCGCGCGAGUAGAUCCCUUGCAUAGUCAAAGCACAGACGCGAAUGGUUGUGAAAUUUCCGCCAGAGUUGAAAUAUUUAAACUUUGGUGAAACUUUCGUAACUCGCAAAGUUGCGAAAGCCAAUCAGCGUUGAGAUGCUGCGCCCCCCUGGCUGCUGCUGCUCUAGUAGCG